AUGGCAACACCUCACACAGCAGGAGCAUCUGUCCCUCCUAGCUCUACUCUUACACCAGCUACAAUGUCUCCUCGACGCCGUCCUUACUACAAGAAAACCUCAUCUCUUAAGAAGAAAAAUAGCUGCUGCAGUAAUAGCAGCAACCGGAGCAACCGGAGCAACCGGAGCAACAGCAACAGCAACAGCAAUAGUAAUAGCAACAACUCCUCUCCAAACAAGCCCUCGCCAUCACCAUCGCCAAUGGCAAUGAGAAUGAGAGAGAACUCAAUCCACAGAGCCAUAAAACCAAUCUGGCAGACGUGGGAUUCCUUUGCUGUUAAUUUUUUCGGUGUCCCUGACGAGGCCACUGCGUUUACGAUCUGGACAGCAUUUAAUCGGCAGGGGAACAUAUUCUCGAUUGACUUGUAUGAGGAUGGUACUGGGAGACGCAACGGAAAGGGGAGAUUACGGUUCAGACCACCUCCGCAGACGGAUUUCUGGAGAAAUGCACAGUGGCAACUCAACUUGUCCGGAGGACGGAAAGCGAGGAUCAGAGUCGUGCCAUUGUUUGAAGAGAGGGAUAUGCGGAUUCCGAGUCCUGUUGAUCCGGAUGAGUUGUAUCCUGCUGAAUUUGAUAUUCCUAUCUCAACGCUCGACUUUGGUCCGAUGAUAGGACCCAACUCGAUGCUUCUCAUGCGACAUCUUCAGAAAACACCGACAGAACACCCCAGACUGACCGUGGACCUGAAACAUCGGCAGUUACUCAUCUUUUUCCAGACUCCGAUACAAUCUAGCCAGGGGGUCUCUGCCAUGUCUCAUUAUCGACUAAAGGUGCCGUUUUCUCAGUUGUCGACUCUGUACCAACACAUCGAGAGCGAUGAGACUUCAGAUUCUGUGUCCCAUAUUCUACGAUUUGAGAGUCCGCCGUUGUAUUAUCGCCAUCUGUACAAUGUUGAGUCUAGCUUUAGCGGUCGUGACUCGGCGAACGGAUGGAGAUCAAUGGAUUGUUGGUAUCGUCAGGCUGAUAUUGUCCAUCGAAAUGGGUGUUGGGCAGUUCUUCCUAUCAGUCUACGCAAGAAGAAUCCUAUUAUUGAUAUUGGGCGCUGGACUGCGAUCCGCAUUACCUAUGGCCAGGAUUCGAUACAUUCAAAAUCGUAUAGGCUGUUGUGCAAGGCUUUGAGAGAUUUUAACAUCAAAAUCAAGAUUGACAACGAGUUCAAGAUGGAAGUCCCACGAACAGUACCAGUUCCUGUUGUCUGGGAUAUCUGUGAUGAGCCCGAGAGUUUAGCAGCUUCUACACUUGAUGAUUUGUUUGGCAAAUCAUUCAUUCAUCUCCCUUUUGCGAUUCGCUAUCAGCUCGAAGUGUGCAUUUCCCAUGGCUAUAUCAGCGAGUACACUGCUUCCAAGCCAGAGUUCGUUCAAAGACUCAAGGACAUGGAAGAAAGAAAAGCACUCACCUUAUUGGAGCACGUUGCCACGGAUAAAAAGAUCUAUUGGGAUGCCAUGAAGAUCUUUGAUAUACUGUUUCCAAAAGGGGUCACAAGAAGGAAUAUCCCAAGUUACUGUUGCAUGAUACGCACGGCUACGGUGACUCCUUCAACGAUAUACUGGAACACCCCAUCGAUGGAGAUUACCAACCGCGUCCUCCGCCGAUAUUCUGAACAUGCCGAUCGAUUCCUGCGCGUACGAUUCAAAGAUGAGAAGUUCGAGGGCCGAAUCAAUUCAACUCACCAUGACACCAUGGACGAGAUCUUUGCUCGCAUCAAGCGUACCAUGUCCAACGGUAUUAUACUCGGUGACCGUAAAUACGAGUUUCUUGCGUUUGGUAAUUCUCAGUUUCGAGAACAUGGUGCAUACUUUUUUGCAUCUGAAGCACAUGUCACCGCCGCCAAUAUCCGUGCAUGGAUGGGCGAGUUUUCGGAGAUCAGAAAUAUUGCCAAGUAUGCAGCAAGGUUGGGUCAAUGUUUCUCGACCACCCGAGCUAUAAACACUUGUACUGUUGAGCUGAAACGGAUACCUGAUGUUGAGCGAGGAGGAUAUACUUUCUCAGAUGGCGUGGGCAGGAUAUCAAGGUUUUUGGCCCAGAUGACGCAGCAAGAAUUGAAGAUCAAAACCCCAGACAAAGAACCUCCUUCGGCCUAUCAAUUCCGUCUAGGAGGGUGCAAAGGCAUGCUCGUUCUGUCAGAUGUACCGCGUGGGCGUGAGAUUCAGAUUCGUCCAAGUCAGGAGAAAUUCCCGGCUAAUCACCAGGGUCUGGAAAUCAUUCGCUGGUCACAAUUCUCCUCGGCCACAUUAAACCGUCAGCUGAUUGCAGUUCUUUCGUCGCUUGGGGUAUCAGAUGAAGUAUUUCAUGAAAAACUUCGAAGAAUGGUCUCAAAUCUAGAGGAAGCCACCCGUGAUGAUAGAGCCGCCAUGCGGCUCCUUCAGAAAUAUAUCGACCCCAAUGAGAUGACGCUUGUUCUUUCGAAGAUGGUUUCUGACGGGUUCCUUCAGUCCAGAGACCCCUUUGUGACUUCGAUCAUCACGCUGUGGAAGGCGUGGUCGAUCAAAUAUCUAAAAGAAAAGGCAAAAAUCACAAUUGAAGACGGAGCUUGUCUGCUUGGUGUUCUGGACGAGACGGCUACGUUGCAAGGCUUUUCGUAUGAGAAGGUAAAAAAGCCGCAUUUGUCGCGUGAGUCGAAACUCGAUGCGCUGCCGGAGAUAUUCCUUCAGGUGUAUCGUGCCGAUGAGAAGAAAUAUUGCGUUAUUAAAGGAGUUUGCAUUCUUGCUCGCAAUCCGUCGCUGCAUCCUGGUGAUAUUCGAGUCGUGAGAGCAGUGGACCGCCCAGAACUAGCUCAUCUCAAAGACGUCGUUGUGCUUCCACAGCUUGGUGACCGGGACAUUGCCAGCAUGUGCUCUGGAGGAGACUUGGAUGGUGAUGAUUAUUUGGUGAUCUGGGAUAAAGACCUCGUUCCAAAUCAGUGGUUCCGAGCCCCGAUGGACUAUGCCCCGAUCAAGGGCGUCAAUCUCGAUAGAUCUGUCACAGUCAACGACAUCACGACGUUCUUUGUGAAUUAUAUGAAGAACGAUUCUCUGCCGAGGAUUGCACAUGCGCAUUUGGCGUGGAGUGAUUUCUUGAUGAAUGGGGUGGAGUCUCCUAAAUGCAUACGUUUGGCACAAUUGCAUUCAAACGCUGUCGACUAUAACAAGACGGGCGAGCCGGCGUAUCUUCCUCGUGACCUGCGACCAAGAAGAUGGCCACAUUUCAUGGAGAAGAACUACAAGCCAAAGGAUCAGACAUACCAGUCAAAGAAGAUUCUGGGACAGCUUUAUGACGCCGUGGACCGGGUUGACUUCCAUCCGGACUUUGACGUGCCCUUUGAUAAGCGUGUGCUGGAAUCUGGUGUUUCAGUAACUGACAACAUCAUGCAGUUUGCCAGAGAGUUGAAAGUCGAUUAUGAUCUUGCCUUGAAACGCAUCAUGGCGCAACACGAAAUCCGCACCGAGUUCGAGGUCUGGUCCACAUUCGUCCUAAGCCAUGCAAACCUGAGCAAGGACUACAAAUUUCAUGAAGAGCUUGGCGGGAUCACCAAGGCUCUCAAGGAACGAUUCCAAAAAGAAUGCUAUGAUAAAGUCGGCGGUCGUGACUUCAACCAUAUCAAACCGAUGGCAGUUGCGAUUUACAGUGUCACCAAUGACGAAGUCAAUGCUGCGCUGGCCGAGUUCCGAAAGAACAAUCCCGAUACAAAGAUAAAACCGGAGCCGGAAAAUUUACCUAUGAUUAGCUUCGCGUGGUUAUUUCCAGAUGUUUUGGGACGGGUCGCUCUUCGCUAUUUUGAUUCUGCCAACCGAGCCGCGAGAACUGCUGCUGCUGUUGAAGAUAACGUUCCUCAGGAGGAUCAGAAACAGGAUAGAGAAGAAGAACUAGUCGGUUCAGACGUGGAGAAAGCGAACUCAGAUACAACAGACUGUUACUCAAUCUCAAACAGAGAUGAUAAUACCGAAGAUGUUACAGACAUAUCUGAGGUCAUUCCCGACGAAGAGGUCGAAAUUAUCGAAGACAAAGCUCAGAUCAAACCAAGUGCUCUUGAUGUUUUGGAGAUGCUUUUUGAUUCUGAUGAUGAUAGUUAG